ACAGUCGGAAGUGGUUAGUCUACAGUCAAGUACACUGCUAAAGAGUGAAAAUGUCCCGGAAAGUGGCGGUGGUGACGGGGUCCAACAAGGGCCUGGGGCUCGCCAUCGUGAAGGGGCUCUGCGAGAGGUUCCCCGGGGACGUGUACCUGACUUCGCGAGAUGUGGGGCGGGGGCGGGCGGCCGUCGCUGCGCUGGCCAAGCAGGGCCUCGCGCCGCGCUUCCACCAGCUCGACGUCACCGACCGUGACAGCAUCACCGAGCUACGGAACCAUCUCGAAAAAGAACAUGGCGGCCUCGAUCUGCUCGUCAACAACGCCGCCGUCGCCGACAGCGUCAACCUCUUCAACUCCUACGAGGAGUGCGAGAACAUCAUCAACACCAACUACAGGAGCGUCCUCACCAUCCAGGAGUUAUUGUUCCAGCUGAUGAGGGAGGGCGGCAGGGUUAUCAACAUAUCGAGCGACUGCGGACACCUGUCCAACAUCAGGAACGAGCACUGGAUCCGGCGCCUGGCCAGCGACAGCCUGACGGUGCAGGAUAUCAACGAGUUCGUCGACUGGUUUUUGAAGUCGGUCAAAGAUGGGACGUUUAAGAAGGAAGAUUUCGCUGAUGGAGGUACGGUUGCGGCGUACAGGGUAGCCAAGGUGGCGCUGAGUGCAGUGACGCGGCUGCAGCAGCGUGACCUGGAGGGCAGAGGCAUCAGUGUGAACUCGAUGCACCCGGGGCUCGUGCGGACGGACAUGACGCACGGCGUGGGCUUCCUCAGUGCCGAGGAGGCCGCGCGCACGCCGCUGCACCUGGCGCUCGACGCACCGGCCACUCUCAGGGGAGCCUACGUCUGGUACGACAGGAGGGUCAUUGACUGGUACGAUUACAAAGCUGACUGGUAUUUCAAAACAUCUACUUUGAAACCCAAAUAAAAUCAGCUUUAAAUUUUA